GUAGUGCGCGGCCGGCGCUCGGCGGGGCAGUGUUUACAGCUGCGGAGCGCAGCGGGCAGAGCUGGGCCGAGAGCGAGCGAACAGAGCCGGGCCGCGCUGCCGCCCAGGUACGGCUCAGUGGGGGCGAGGGCCCUUAUGUACUGCGUGAUGUCAGAGCGAGGGCUGCCCCGGAAGGCGAAGAAUUUUAGUGCUUACACAGAGGUUGAAGAUGGGAGGUGCAGUAAGUGCAGGAGAAGACAACGACGAGUUAAUUGAUAACCUGAAGGAGGCACAGUAUAUCCGGACAGAGCUGGUAGAGCAGGCGUUCCGUGCCAUUGAUCGAGCUGACUACUACUUGGAGGAGUUCAAAGACAAUGCCUACAAGGACUUGGCGUGGAAGCAUGGAAAUAUUCAUCUUUCAGCACCCUGCAUUUACUCUGAGGUGAUGGAAGCUUUGGAUCUGCAGCCAGGGCUGUCGUUUUUGAAUCUUGGCAGUGGCACUGGCUAUCUGAGUUCUAUGGUUGGACUCAUCUUGGGUCCUUUUGGUGUUAACCAUGGUGUGGAGCUUCAUUCUGAUGUGAUUGAAUAUGCAAAGCAGAAAUUGGACUUCUUCAUCAAAACAAGUGACAGCUUUGACAAAUUUGAAUUUUGUGAGCCAUCUUUUGUUACUGGAAACUGCUUAGAGAUUUCCCCGGACUGCACUCAGUAUGACCGCGUGUACUGCGGUGCUGGAGUUCAGAAGGAACAUGAAGACUACAUGAAGAACCUCUUGAAAGUUGGGGGAAUUCUCGUCAUGCCCCUUGAAGAGAAGUUAACUAAGAUAACUCGUACUGGUCCUUCUGCCUGGGAAACCAAGAAGAUUCUUGCUGUUUCUUUUGCUCCUUUGAUUCAGCCCAACCACACAGAUUCAGGAAAGUCAAGGCUUGUUCACUUGCCCCCUGUGGCAGUUCGCAGCCUCCAGGACCUGGCUCGCAUAGCCAUCCAAGGAACCAUUAAAAAAAUUAUACAUCAAGAGACAAUGAGCAAGAAUGGAAAUGGCCUGAAGAACCCCCCUAGAUUUAAACGAAGACGUGUGCGUCGCCGUCGCAUGGAAACUAUUGUUUUCUUGGACAAAGAGGUCUUCGCCAGUCGGAUCUCCAACCCAUCGGAUGAUAACAACAACUGUGAGGAGACUGAGGAUGAGAGACGAGAAGAGGAAGAAAUGAAACCCUCUGAACUAAAGCCAGAUCCCCCUGUAAACUUUUUGAGAGAAAAGGUCUUGAGUCUGCCUUUGCCUGAUCCCUUGAAAUAUUACCUGCUUUAUUACAGGGAAAAGUAAUUUCCUUCUAGGAUAUGGGAAGUAGGCAGAAAAUAAAAUACUACUUAGGGCUUGACAAACGUAUACCACUUGCUUGCCUGCUAAUAUGACCACCCAAGGCAGUAGGCUGAUUGGGGAAUGUGGCUGCUGUAUACUUAAACAUUAUAGCUUUUUUUAAGUUUCCUCUUUCUCCUUGGUUGUGUGCUAUAGUUUUAUUCUACAGCAGGGAUUCCUUAGGUAGCAAGUUGGUGAAGUGCUUGACUGCUUACAGAAUGGAGGAUUUAAUUCCCUGAAACUAACUGCACAGAGAUGGCAGCUCUACUGAAUUGCAGUUUUUAAACGUUCUUAGAUUCUUAAGCAGUUCCCCCAAAGACCUUUGCUGUCUGUGCUCUCUCCCACUCUACCUGCCAUGUGUUUGCCAUGGCGUAUGUUCAAUGGAGGAUGAAGAUUAUUAGUAAAAGCUGACCUGGCAAUUUUUUUCUUCCAGAAAUGUGGAAAAAGCACAACUUCUACAGAAAAGAAGUUCUGGUGUUAUUCUUGAGAUGUCCAGUUUUUGAAUGCAGAAGGAAGGCAUCAGCUCCCCUUUGGUCUCAGCUUUGCUUUUAAAUUACAUACUGAUUUUCAGUAAAAGGUAGAAAUGUUCUAUGAAAUACUGGUUUUCUUGAUGGGAAACACCUGUUUUAGAGUAUCACAUGUGAAGUUGUUUUGUUUUUUUAAAGCAGUGGAGUCAGGUGAGGAGUAGUGAAGCUGAUGAGCUUUGACAGCAUGCUCAAGUGUUCAAGAUUGUGACUGUUGUCUCCAGAAGUGUUUACAGAGUAAUCCUGAAUGGGGAUGAGGGUAGGGAGGAGAUGGGCAGCAGAGAUGGUGAAUACUGGCUGUGAAAGCAGAAUCUGCAGGUUUUGCAGUGGUGUGUGAACUAAAAUCUGCUUGACUGGAGUGGAGUGCAGAGCUCUAGUCUGGACAUGGUUUAUAUCCUGGGAAAUGAGCCAAACAGUUCUGUGGAGGAUAUGUGGAAACCCUGGAACACCAAAUUGAUGCGGUUCUAACUUAGGUGUUCCUGUGUGCACUGUUGUCAUAGCAGGGUGGCUGGAUUGCAGCUUGUGUACACAUAGUCCACAUACAGUAAGUGGAAUGAGGUUGUCUUGGUAGUUUAUUUUUUACUGCAACAAAGAAAUAGAUGCUUUAACAGACUUGCAUCGGUGGACAGAAGAACAGUGCAGUUGCAUGGGUAGGGACUUUUAGUUUUUAUUCCUAAGUCUUCCUGUAAUGCUGAUGGGAGGAGAUUCCAUGUGUGGAAGGGGAAGUUGAUUUGCUUUGGCCUAUUUGAGAAGUCCACAUAGACCAGCAUUGUCUGGAAAGAAACCCUCGAGCUCAUACUGAUGUGUAGUGCUCCUGUAGCUGAGGGUAAAACAAAAAGAAUGAUGACAAAAAAAACCCUUAGUAGGUAAUGAAGUUAUGAAGAAUGUCACCCCAUCAGAAGCACUUAUGUUGGUAUCACUUUAUUUUAAGCUGUCUCCUCAGUUCCUGAGGAGGAAUGAAUAAGACUUUUGCCAAAAAGAAUGCUGGAUAUCAUUUAGUGGUAUUGAGUUGCACAAUGUAAUGAUAAACAGAGUUUCAAAGUUCUGUGCAGCUUGAAAAAUACACAGAUUUCCUUAGGUAUCUCAACCUAAGCUGGAGAAUUUUCCCUUGUUUAAUGGGCUUUUUUUUUUUGUCUUUGAUAUUAUUACCUGGUAGGUGUGGUGUAGCAGGUGGCCACAUGGUCUGAAGCAGUUGUAGGCUGUAUUUUGCCUAUAGUACCCCCAAGCUAUCUUGCUUCUUCGUUUUUUGGUUUAUUUUGAGUGGGGUGGUUCUGUGGCCACUGAGCUGAUGGCUUCCUGUAAACUUCGAGCACCCAUCUCAUACAUCUGGCAACCACAAGGAAUUUCUUUCUGCAGAUGAGAAUUCUGUGUAUGAUGAUAAAUGGAGGCAUAAUAGAAUCUGCAUAAAGUUCUUCUUGCACUUCCUCAAAGGCUGUCAUCUCUGUGUUUGUUAGCUGUUUCUUUAGAAUAACUGUCAUACCAGGUAUGCACCUUUCUGUGUGGUGGCACAACUUCUAUGCUUCUGCAUAUACAGGGUGCAUUUUACUUCUGGCUGGCAGGUCAUCCUUCAGUUUAUUAAUGGCAGAACUUCUCAUAGGUGUCAUAAAGAAGUUGCUUUUAAAGUUGGCAUCUGAAGUUCAGGUCAUGCUAAUGAACCUGACUGAGAUUCUGUUAACAUUGGCCAGUUGAGGGAGAACAUCUUUCGGUUAGCUCUGUGUUAUUUUAACCAUUCCCCAUUUCCCAGCUCUCAAAGAUAUUUUAUCAGAUUUUCACCAGCUUUGCCUUUGUAUUACAUCUGCUAGAUGUUUGCAGUAUUCUCUUUUUCCUGGAUGAGGUUGAGUAAAUAAAUACGUAUACAGAAAAUGUGUUCUUGGUUGUACCCUUGCCAAAAAAAAAAACAACCCCCCAGGUCCAAACAAACUCAUAGUAGCAGUUUUCUAUGUACUAUAAUUGUGAAAUAAUAUUGCUUUUAGUGUGUAAAGGAAGGGGAUGCAUUUUCCUCGUGCACAAGCACUCGUACUGUAGUUUUUGCAUGUGUUCUUAGUAAUUAUGGCAUCACUGUUUUUUUUUUGUGUGGUCUAUAAACUGGCCAGGAGUUUUACCUGCUUUGACUGUUUCUUUUUAGUCUUUGCUUUAUUUGUGUGUGACUCCGUUUUAGGUUUAGACAGCGCAAUAAAUUUGCAAAAAAGAAAUGGACUUCAAGCUGCUUUAAUCACCAGUGUGUAAGCUGAAAAAUCUGUGUAUGGGAAUGGAUUGAAUUGGCCUGAGGCACACGAAAGUGGUAAAACUUUCUUUAAUGAGUGUUUCUGUAUCAAUAAAUCCAGUAAAGACUUUUUAGCCUUCUUAA